GUGAAUUAGAGAUAUAUUUAUACAGAUGACUGAAGAGUUUAAUUUCUGAGUAAAGCAUCCGAGAUGCACCUCUCCCCAGCGGCGCUCUCCAGCUCCUCCUGGGGGACCCCAAGGUGUUCCCAGGCCAGAUGAGAUAUGUAAUCCCUUCAGCAUGUUCUGGGUCUAACCAGGGGCAUCCUACCUGUGGGACAUGCCUGAAACACCUUCAACGGGAGGCACGAAGGAAGCAUUCCUAAUAAGAAGCUUACAAUGGACUGACGCUGACCUUAAAAGCUGACCCAGCAUCAGCCGAAUGAGGACCCAGGUCACCCGGAGCUCUCCAGAGAAUUUUGAACCUAUCAUCCUUUACUGUGUUUGCGUGCCUUUGUCGGUGCUGACAUGCAUGCUUCUGUGUGCGCUGGUGCAUGGAGCAGUGUGUGCCUGUAUGCUGAAGAAUCACACCCUAUGGAUUGAGAGUCACGACUGUGCCCAGUGUGUGGCCAUCAACACCACCAUCUGCAGCGGCUACUGUUACACACAGGACACCAAUUUGAAGGGACGCUUUGGGAGGAGUUUCCUGAUCCAGCGCAGCUGUGUGCCUCUCUCUCUGGUGUACCGACCCGUCCGUGUGCCAGGCUGCCCUCAGUACGUCAACCCACAGUUGUAUUACGCUGCUGCCCGCUGCUGCAGCUGCAGGCGCUGCAACACGCGCACACACCACUGUGUCCGCACCCGCCGGAUCCCUAAUGACCCAUGCACCCUGACCCUUGGUGAUGUGACGAGCCUGGAAACAUCCCGCCGUGGGAACGUGACGGCGUCCUGACACCAGCAACGCACACGCAUGGCAUAAUGAUACACCUGAUGGAUGGAUUUCUGUGUCCUGACUGUGUUAUGCAUGUCAGCAGUUCAUGUUGCUUUCUCUAGUUUGUUAGGCAAUGUAUUGCAA